ACUAGGAUAAGGACGAAAGCAGCCAAAAGUGAGUGCCCGCAAAAAGCAGAAUUUCCCACAAGGAGAAUCAUCGGAAUGGGGGAAAGCAGCAGAGAGGUUUCGGGUCCGUCGCGCCCGACGAUUACAAUCCCGCCCCGAGCCCCCUUCGACACUACCCUUUUCUCACUAGGCUCCAUACCCGGUUUCAGCCCCGGACCCAUGACUCUCAUGUCCACUUUCUUCUCCGAUUCCGAUGCCUGCUCUUUCUCCCAGUUACUCGCCGGAGCCAUGGCUUCCCCGCUCGCAAACCCCACUCUUCUGCCCGAUAAAGACGGGGAUUCGGGUCCGGGUUGCGAGAAACUUUCCGGGUAUAAGCAGAAGCAGCCGAUGAGCUUGCUGGUGGCUCAGUCGCCGUUGUUCAUGGUCUCGCCGCGGUUUAGUCCUUCCGGGCUGCUUAACUCGCCGGGGUUUCUUUCCCCACUUCAGAGCCCUUUUGGAAUGUCCCACCAGCAGGCCCUAGCUCAUGUUACGGCUCAGGCAGCGUUUAACCAGUCUUACAAACAAAUGCAAGUUGAAUAUCAGCAUUCUUCCUCUGUGGAAGGUACAGGGCACCAAACUUCGUCUUCUAUGCCAAACCAGGCGGUGCAAGGUGAAGCGGCUAAUGUGGCGUUGGACACAGAAAGUUUGAAGGUUGAGACGUCGGAGCUCUCUCAAGUAGACAGCAAAGUUAGUUCUGGUGCUAUCGAGAAGCCUGCUAGUGAUGGGUAUAAUUGGAGGAAAUACGGGCAAAAGCUGGUUAAGGGAAGUGAAUGUCCUCGAAGCUACUAUAGAUGCACUCACCUGAACUGUGCUGUGAGAAAGAAAGUUGAGCGAUCCCCAGAUGGGCACAUAAUUGAGAUCACGUAUAAAGGGAAGCACAACCACGAACUUCCUAAGUCCAACAAGCGAAAGCAAGAUGACUGUGAUCAAGAGUCUAGGGAGGACAAUUCCCGAGAAAAGCAUCCAAGUGCUUCUCGUAGCUGGACUGAAACGAACAGGUCAAAUAAGGUGGUAUGUUCUCAACCAGAACUGCAGUCUGAACAACUUACUGUUGCAUCUAAACGUGACGAAAUGGAGGAAACUGCAACCGUAUUAGAUGAAAAGGAUGACGGUGAACCAAAUGCAGAGAGACGGAUUUCAGAGGCCGGCUCAUCCGUUCUGCCUUCAUCUCACAAGACAGUCAUGGAACCCAAAAUCAUUGUGCAGACAAGAAGCGAAGUUGACCUUUUGGACGAUGGCUACAAGUGGCGAAAGUAUGGACAAAAAGUGGUGAAAGGGAAUGCUAAUCCAAGGAGUUACUAUCGGUGUACAUACAAGGGAUGCAAUGUCCGAAAACACGUUGAAAGGGCUUCAACAGAUCCAAAAGCGGUCAUAACCGCAUACGAAGGCAAACAUAAUCACGAUACCCCAAAUGCACCAAACAACAAUCAUACCGUAACUAAAAACAGCAGCAUUCAGCAGUUGAAACAACAAAAGUUGGUAGCUGCGUAGCUGGGAACAGAUAUCUGAAAGAGCAAAUCGAAGAAGAGAAUCCCAUACAGUAUCAGUAGAGGCAGAUGCACUUGCUUUAUUACAUGAUCCCUUGUGAACUUCACUUUUUCUCUUCUUUUUGUACAUAAGAAUUCCAUAUAGCAUUGGCUCUUUAGACAGAUCAGAUUUGUAAAAUGUUCCCUUUAACUUUUACACUUUUGCCUUUGUUCCUUUCUGCCAAUAUGAACAGUAAUCACUGAUCAUCUGUAAGCUUUAAACUAUUAGCAUAUGAAUGUAUAUUUCAAAAGCUUCUAUCUUGUA